AUGAAGGGGACAUCAAAGGUGAUAAUGGGAGCAACCCUGGUAAUGGUGGUGAGCCUUGCCCUGGUGUUGGGUCUAAUUCUAGUCUUGCUUGCUGAGCUCUACUGCUCUCUUCUAUUCCGCCGCCGUCAGCUAAGAAUAGCUACUAGCACUGCCACAGUGACUGACCCCGCCGCCACCGAAAUCUCAAGUGGCAACUCCACAUUGCAGCCUCAAGACCAGUCAUCAUCAGAUCCUUCUCCUCCCCCAUCAUCAACUCCUCAUCCUCCUCUCAGUAGCUUUCACUCACAGGGUGUUCUCAAAGCUCCAAGAAGCCUACUCUUUCCAGCUAUCUCAAUCAAAGAUGAAAGCACUACUCUCCAAACAAAAAUACAACUUUCUCAGCUUCAUCACAAAGUCAUUGACAUCCCAAAGUGUGAACCAAACUCAAGCCCUUCCCCAUCGAUUUCACUGGCAGUUUCACCAGUACCAACUCAAGAAGACAAAACAGUAAGUGAGAAUGGAACUACUUGUACUGCUGCUGCUGCUGCUACUACUACUGAUGGUUGUGAUGUUCGAGAGCAUUUUGUGUACAUUUCCAAUCCCAUUUACGACAAUAGCGAAAGCAGAGAAAGUGGAGCGAAUACUACCCCAUUUGAGACACCAGACACGUCUCCGUCGAGAUUGGAAAUGUCGGGUUCUAGUUCUUCGUCAGGUGAAGAUGAUGAAGAGGUUGCUCAGCCACUACACUCUAGCCCAUCAACCCCACCAUUGACACCAAUGAAAAAGCUUCCGGCAGAGGCUUGCUCUGUUUCGCUUAGGGACGCUAGAUCUCUCGGCACUUCAGCAAGUGAUUCCAAUAGUAACAAUGGUCGCUCGUCUUCAUCCUCAGGCUCUCCGUGUACUUCUCCUUCAUGGUGACUCGGCCAUCCUCUGACCGAUAGGGGUUUUUCUUCUUUUAUUUCAUUAUUAUUAUUUUGUUAUUUUUGGUGGGUUUUAUUUUCUGGUCUUUUGUUAAGAUUCGGAUAUGAAUAUUUUGUGAAUAUAGUAAUUAAAAACUUGGUGUUUGAGAGAAAGUAGUACUUUUUCAAUGCAUGCGUGGCCGUGGCUCGUCCAUCCAAGCCUUUUUUUCGCCUUCAUUUUAUGUUCCUCUGCCUCAUCAUGCAUGCUUGUUUAUUUGUUUAUUGUUUCAUUUGCUUAUAUAAAUUGUAGGUUGAGUGA